AGCGACCGCAUCGCGGAGGGAGGAGCGCCGCUUCCGAUCGGUGCCGCAGCUUCUACGGCUCGGCUGGAAACCUGGUCACGUCCGGCGGAAGGAGAAGCCGGUGACGAGCCCGGGUCUAAGCGGGCUGGGCAUGGGGGGCGCACACUCCUGUGAAGUUUGCUAAUCUGAAAAGGCCUGCCUCUUGUUCAAUAGAUGAUGGCAUUGAAGCAGACAUCAAUAAAGGAUUGGUACAGCAUUCUAGGGGCAGACCCAUCUGCAACUGUGUCAGAUCUGAAACAAAAGUAUCAAAAACUCGUGUUAAUGUAUCAUCCAGAUAAACAAAGUGCAGAUGUGUCAGCACAAACAGUGGAGGAAUGUAUACAGAAGUUCAUCGAAAUUGAUCAAGCAUGGAAAAUUCUAGGGAAUGAAGAGACAAAAAAAGAGUAUGACCUGCAGCGCCUCGAAAAUGAUUUAAGAAAUUUGGGACCAGUAGAUGCUCAAGUAUAUCUUGAAGAAAUGUCUUGGAAUGAAGAUGAUCACUCUUUUUCUCUAAGUUGCCGAUGUGGUGGAACAUACAGUGUUUCCAAGGAGGAAGCAGAGGAAGUUACCCUGGUUUCUUGUGAUACAUGUUCACUAAUUAUAGAAAUACUUCAUUAUAGCUGAAAUUGUUCACAUAAUGUUUUCUUUCACUGUGUAUACAGACAGGCUGAGAAAAAUCCGUUCCAACUUUGUGCAUCAAGCAAAUGUAUAAAGCUGAUAAGAAGUGGGCUUCUUUUUCAAUCUGCUCAUAUUUGCACAGAAAAUAUGAAAUUGUCAAACAAAGGCCACCGCAUAUUAAUAGAAAAUUCAUUUUAGGUUUUUCUGUGUGUUUAUAAUUUAUAUUUUACAGGUCACCAAAAAGGGGAGAACAUGAACUAUAAAUUAUAUUUCAUAAAUUCCCAUCUGAGAACUUGUAUUAUUAUUGGUUCCUUUUUUCCUUGGUACAAAAUAAAAAUUUUGUUUUUUAAAUACUCAUAGCUCCUUUUUUUAAUGGGUCAUAGGAUUAUCAUGUGCCUUUGUAGUUACUACAUUUUUGAUGUAAUAGAUGAUGUUUCUAGCUGCUAAAGCUGUAUGCCUACUGUAUACUUAUUUCAAAUUCUCAAGUCACUGAAAGUAAAUUAUAAUCUUUGUGAAUAGCAUAAACUUAGUUCUCCCAUAAUAAAGAGUAGAUAGGGGUUUUCAUGAGAUAUAGUUAAUAAAGUAAAUAAAAGUUAAUAAAGAAGGCAAAGUGGCAGCUGUAAAAAAAUAUAGCUUUGGAAUCAGAAGACAUGACUUCAACCUUAGCAUUGUAUUCAAAAUCUUCAUGUGGCAGUAUUAAUGGGAACAUGCUCUUCAGCACUACCGUCCACAACUUUAAAUGUGAUUUAGGAAAUGGUAGCUUAAAAGAAAAUAAUUUGAAACAGGUACAUUAUUCAAAGUAUUAAAAUAGAGUAGCAAUGCCUAUAUUUGUGAAUAAGAAACCACUGCAUUGCUGUUAUGAUGAAACAGACUUUUAUAUAUAUUGUUAAUGACUUUAAUAGUCUUAAGAUUUUAUUUUUCUAUAUAGUUCAUAUUCUAUGUACAAUAUGAGUACAUAUUUAAAGAACUUUAGGGUUCUUUUGGGGAUUGUUUAAACUUCUAUUUCAAAUGAGUAAGCAAAGCAUGUGACAUAGCAACUUUUUAUUAGAACAAACUGGCAUUUAUUGUUGGGUUAGACUUAAAAAUGACACUAAUCUGAUUUGUAAAUGUAGCUAAAGUAUGAGGCAUAUUCAAGAGGAGAUACUCUCAUUUUACCUAUAAAACAAAAAAUUCAGUGAGGUAGUCAUCCAGAUUUUCCCCCUAAAAAUAUUUUAACUCUAUCAAAAUUUAAAUGAUUUGGGGUUACAUUUUUAUCCAUAUAUUUUGAAGUACUGUAGCUUUCACAGUGUGUGUUGAAUUAUUUUUCCCAAUUAAAAAUAACUAAAGCUGAAUACAAAUAGUUUAUUAUUAGGUACAUGGUUUCAGUAGCAAUAAGAAAUUAACUUGAACAGGAGACAGUAAUCAGAUCAAAAUAAAUGCUUGCUAAUCAUCAGAAAAUCUGUGGCCAUUAGGGCUGUCACGCAGAAAUCCAAAAUCACUCAGAGGCCAUAUCUGUAAAAUCAAAAUGUGAUUGAAGAUAAUUAAUGAAGGUGAUGUUACAGAAUCAUCAUACUUUUUUAUUUCAUGUAUCCCUUUUCUCUAUGCCAUACCUCCUCCUCAUUCUCCUGCCAGAAACAAAUUUUCUACAUGAAAAUAAGACUUUAAAAUAAAUUUUUUUGUGUGUGUGUGUAUAUAUUUAAACUCUAAAGUUUGGAACAUUCAAAUAUAUAAGAAAUUAUAUGUUUGCAGUGUGUGAAUGUGUCUGUUUUCUUUACUAACCCUCAAAUAAGAAUUAACUGUAAGUAAGUACUUGAAUCUAACAUCUGUUUAAGUGUAAAGAAUCCUGUAAAUUAUCCAACAACCCCUAGUAUUCAUGUCUGUUUUUAUUUUUACUGCAUGUACAAAAAGAAGAAGCCUGUGAAAACAGUAAUUUUUCCUAAGGUUCAUACAUUUUCUACACUAUGGUGAGUCAAUUACUCACUGAAUUAGCUGUAAUAUCCCUGCAUUACAGAUAGUUUAACUCUAGACUGCGCGUCUACAAAUGCAGAGUAAUAUAUGUUUGGGGCCAUUCAAAUUAAAGGUUUUUUUAAUGCUACAAUAAAGGUAGUUUUAACUUUAUAAGUCAAGCAAAAAAAUCUCAAAUUACUCAUCUAGGGAAGGAGUAAUGUUUAUAGCUAUAAAGGCCAACUUAUUCAUACAGUGUAGUUACUGCAACAGUGAAGUCCACUGUUGAUUGAUGAUUUCAAAGUUUAUUUUAAAAGAAUUUUUUCAGCUAAGAGAAGAAAGCCUAGUUUUAAUCAGAAAACAGUACCUUAAAAAAUAUACGUCCUCUUAUUAGUCCAUAUGGAAUAGGCCCAUAGUACCUGGAAUCUGUAGAAUUCUGUAGAUUAUCACCUUCUAACCAAACAUGACCUGUUGGCACCUACAAUUAAGAAGAAAACAGCCCCUUUAAAAAACAAAAACAAAAAAAAGAGGUACUAUAUAAAAAGCAUGUCUUUCAGAUUAGGGAGAAAUGUCCUAAAGUCUUUUAUAUGGUAGAUAUACAACCAAUAAUUUGCAUUUUUGCUUUUAUCCUUACAAGGAAAAUAACUUUUACUAAAUAUGUGCAAGUGAUAUUAGAAUUUCAACUAUAUGAAAAGACCUAUCUUUUUUGCCAUAUGGUCCCCAAACAUUAAUUUGUUACACAAUCCCCAAACUGGGGUUAUAAGAGCUCAAAUAGUGUGACAGGGUCAUUAAUUUAAUAGACUUCAAAAGAGGUCAUUAGGAUGCUGACUAAAAAUGUGCCCUCCUGUCUCAAUAACAGCAUAAGCAGGGCAGCCACUCACUCAGCAACAUCCUGGGGCCAGUACCAAGGCCAGAUCUAUUAGAAUGCUCAUGAUGAACUAAAUG